UCUCUGAGCUCAUCCAUGGGACAGGAGCGCAAGGCCAUGGAGUAGAACCUCAGCGUGGGUCUAAGAAGAGACAGAAAUGGCCCAAGAAGUCAGCCUGAAGUCCCUCCGGCAAUCAGAACGCGAGGUGAUCCUCCAGGUCCUGCACCGGGACCGGGAGGUUCGAAACAUCGAGGAGGAAAGGAUACGGAAACUGAAGACACACUUGCAGCAUCUCAGGUGGAAAGGCUCGAAGAGCGGGAGCCAGGAGUACAAAGAGAAGUCCUGUGCCCGCUGCCGGCAGGCCCUGGGGUUCCUGCUGAACCGGGGGGCCGUGUGCCAGGGCUGCAGCCACCGCGUGUGCGCCAAGUGCCGAGUGUUCCUGAGGAUGACCCGCGCCUGGAAGUGCACCGUGUGCUUUGAGGACAGAAACGUGAAAAUAAAAACUGGAGAAUGGUUCUUUGAGGAACGAGCCAAGAAAUUUCCAACUGAAGGCAAGCACGAGACAGCUGGAGCAAAGCUCUUGAAAUCUUAUCAGAAGCUGAGCAAAAUUUCCGUGGUUCCUUCUUCUCCACCCCCUCUCAGUGGAAGCCAGUGUGGCGGCGGCCCUGGCAGGUUCCAGGAACUUGGUCAGUUUAAAGGAUUUAAUAAGUCUGUGGAAAAUUUGUUCCUGUCUGUCACCACCCACAUGAAAAAACUCUCCAAGUCGCAGAACGACAUGACCUCUGAUAAGCAACGCCCAGCUGUGGGUCCCAGGCGGUGUGAGGGCCGGUCGGAGAGAAGCCAGUCCGACACCGCGGUCAACGUCACCACCAGGAAGGUCAGCGCACCAGAUAUUUUGAAUCCUCUUAAUCAAGAGAGUCCCAGAUGCCCUACUAGCCCUGUUUUGAAGCAAGAGGGUAUCUCAUCCAGUCCAGCGCCCAACACUUUAUUCUCAGGAGGCUUGAGACACGGAAGUUUAAUUAGCAUUAACAGCACUUGUACAGAGAUGGGCAAUUUUGACAACGCAAAUGUCACUGGAGAGAUAGAACUUGCCAUUCGCUACUGCUUCAGAACUCGUUCUUUAGAAAUAUGCAUCAAGGCCUGUAAGAACCUUGCCUAUGGGGAGGAAAAGAAGAAAAAGUGCAAUCCGUAUGUGAAGGCCUAUCUGCUGCCUGACAGAUCCUCCCAGGGAAAACGCAAGACUGGAGUCCAAAAGAACACGGUGGAGCCGACCUUUCAGGAGACCUUGAAGUACCAGGUGGAGCCUACCCAGCUGGCGACCCGGCAGCUCCGGGUGUCUGUGUGGCACCUGGGCACGCUCACCCGGAGGGUGUUUCUUGGAGAAGUGAUCAUCCCUCUGGCCACGUGGGACUUUGAGGACCGCACGACCCAGUCUGCCUGCUGGUAUCCACUCCAGGCCAAGGCAGAGAAAGAUGAAGACAGCGUCCCCAUGAAUAACGGAGAACUUGUGGUCCGGGCCAAACUGGUCCUCCCUGCAGGGCCCGGAAAGCUCCAGGAGGCUCAAGAAGCUUUCCUUCCAGGGACGGGAGACGAGCCAUCACGUAACGGUCAGCUCUGUCUGGUAGUGCUGCGAGCCCAGAAUCUACCUGUGCGCUCAGAUGGCACCUUAAACCCAUUUGUUAAGGGCUGUCUCACUCUGCCAGACCAGCAGAGGUUGAGACUGAAGUCCCCCGUCCUGAAGAAGCAAGCCUGUCCCCAGUGGAAGUACUCCUUCGUUUUCAAAGGGGUCACCCCUUCUCAGCUGAGGCAGUCCACCCUGGAAUUAACCGUCUGGGACCAGGCCACCUUCGGUGUGAACGACCGCUUGCUGGGAGGCGCCAGGCUUGGUUCCAGGGAAGAGCCAGCGGGCGGCGCAGACUCGUGCUCACAAUCAAAGCUCCAGUGGCAGAAAGUGCUCUCCAGCCCCAACCUGUGGACAGACAUGACCCUCACCCUGCACUGACCAGAGGCUCCGGGCGCAGUGGGGUUUCAGGUGCCGGGGCCUGAUGGUCGGCUGCGGGGCUGGGCGUGCGGGUACGGGGCUGGAGGGUGGCGAAGGGCCCUGGGGAGUGUGAGCUCUCCCCGUCUACAGCCGUCCUGCCGCUGAGACGUUCUUCCACAUUCCUGUGUCUAUUUAGUCGGAACCAUCAUCGAUGCUACAUUAGUUAGGUCUCAGGUUGGUUAUCUGUGCUUUGAGAGAUGUGGAAAAUGACCCGAUUUCAAUAAAUGUUCAACAGUUA